UAGAGUGUUGAGUCUGACUGAGUGUUUUGAGAGCGCCCUCUCUCUGUUGGAGGGUGAACUGCAGUUUAUGGACACAGCACCACUACCAGACUGUAUCAAGAGGCAGCGACCUGGAAGUCCUCGGUCGAUUGGCUGCCAUGGUGGACAAACUGGAAAAGAGCAAGCUCUAUCUAUUAUGGUGUAGGAUGCUGAGUUCAGGGAGGCAGUACUUGGCCGUGUUAACGGGUGUGGAGGAGACCUACCUGCCCCUCUUGGAGGGUCCAGACACCCCGUCCCCCCUCCGGGGGUCCGGGGGGAAGCAGACCUCCUUUUCCACAACUUGGCCAGCUUCAGCGCCUUCCACUCGCAGAACCUCCUCCCAGCCAUGGAGGGAGCUCUACUGCAGAGUCUACUGAAACAGGACCUCUUCAGUAAACGUAGAGAGGUGUUUUUCCAGUACCCUCACUGCAUAUAGUAAGGACCAAACCAGAAAUGGACUCCUUGUUGGUCACUUAGGCUGCAGACUUCUUCAAGCUCAGACUCCUUGCCACCCCUCCUCUCUUUCUCAUGUCCUUCCCCCACUGUCUCCAGUCCCCUACACAGACUGGAACAGUACUGUGAUGUUCUGGAGGAGCUGGGAGGGCUAAACCACUCCUAUGACUCCUUCCUCUCCGUCCUCAGACACGCCCAGCGCCACGGUGAGGACCUCUGGGCCAGCGACCUCAUCGUCGGGUGUCCGUGUCAGAGUGGAGAGGAGAGGGCAGCCUGGACACACGAUAUCACUCAGCUCCUUUGGACCCACACCAUACACAACACAGAGACCAUGCGUAUUGGUCUGUCCAGUAAGAUACUGCUAGAUGUCACAGGAGCACCAGAAACAUCUGAAAUGGACUCUAUCUACAGUCUGAAUGACAGAGUUCACAGUAGCUGUUCAGACUCCUCCUCUGUUGGCAGUCAGAAGGAGGGGGAAUCCCCAGCGUCUGGGAGGGGACACACACAGAGCACUAAAGGAGGCCCCCUCUGCCAAGAAACUGAAGCAUGGCAUAGCAUCACACAUACUACUGAGAAUGGAUUCUCCUCCUGAGUGUGUGUUGGCUCUGUCCUGUGAGCCGCCCCAGUCACCCCCUACACUACCAUCUCUGGACCACAGUCCCCUGGCCUCCCUUCACUCUUGCUCCCAACUCUCCCCUUUACACAGCCUCCUGGACCUGCCUGUCCCCCUCAGUCCCACAGCCCUAUCCCACACCCCAACCUCCGACACCCCAGACACCACCCCCUACUCCCCCCUCUCCCCCUUCCCCCUCAAUCACCACAAUGAAGAAGAGGAUGAAGAGAGGCUGUCAGUCCCUCUGUCCCCCACCCCAGCCAUUGCUCUCUUCCCAGGGGGUCUCCGGGAGGUGUGUAGCCCCUCUCUGGAGAGCUCUCCUCCGGCCACUCCGACAUCGUCAGCCCCUCUCUCAGGGUUCGGGGCCCUGGAGCUGGCUAUGUCCUCCGGGCAGCCGGGUGCCACCUGUAGUGAUGAGCUGGACCUCCAGCUCUUCCAUAAGGACGGGGGGUGUCUGUCAGGAUCAAUUCCUGGGGUGGUGGGUGUUUCUGGGGGUGUGGCCGGGCUCAAGUUCCCCUGCUUGGUGUGUGGGAAGAAGUUCCGCUUUCAGAGUAUCCUGUCGCUCCACGCCCGCGCUCACAGUCUAGACAGGGACCGCCACGCCUCAGCUCUGUACCGGACCGGUACCGCGUCCAGUAGCAUCAUUGGGACGGGAUCCAAGACACAGCUCAAGACCCACCAGAACGACAAGGAUGUCAGGCAGAACCACUACAUCCACCGCCAGAGCCCCCCGCUGUCUAGAUCUCUCACCCAGGGCCAUAGAGGGGAGGACAGGGACAGGGAAGCCCUAGAGGAGGCUCUCCAGAUGGAUCACCAGAUCCUCCAACAGUUCCUGAUGGACGACAGCACACAGCUGACCCCUCUGCUGACCGAGGAGGUGCCCCUCUCUCUCUCGCUCACCUCUCCCUACUCCUCCUGCGGCCUGGGUGGUGUGGGUCCCACCAUCUUGGAAAAAGCUACCGCCGUCACAGCGGCAGCGCCCGCGUUCCGCUGCCAUGCCUGCAAAGGUAAAUUCCGCACCGCCUCGGAGCUGUCUCGCCACGUCCGGAUCCUCCACAACCCAUACAAGUGCACCCUGUGUCCCUUCUCUGCCAGCCAGGAAGAGCGCCUGGCCGCACACCUCCAGGACUGCCACCCCUCCCUGUCCUCCCUGUCCCUCUCCCCACCUGUGGACCUCCCCACCCUGCCCCCCUACACCCCCAGACACAUCCCUAUUGUAACCACCACUACCAUCAUCGCCACCCCCAUUCCAGACGCACCCCUGCCCACCCCCACUAUCACCCCAACCACAGCCCCGGCCCCAGGGGCAUCCCCUCUGCCUGCCUUCUGCUGUGAGACAUGCGGCCAGCGCUUUACCCAGUCCUGGUUCCUGAAGGGCCACAUGAGGAAGCACAAGGACUCUCUGGACCACAAGUGUCAGGUGUGCGGCCGUGGCUUCAAGGAGCCCUGGUUCCUCAAGAACCACAUGAAGGUGCACCUCAACAAGUUGGGCCUGAAGGCCGGUCUGGUGGGGCAGGUGGCCCCUGGCGCCGGGGCUGAACAAGGAGGGCUCAAAGGCUCAGUCACCAACCAGGGCCUCAACGCUCUCUACUCCAGCCUCCUGCUGGCUCGUGGUGGGGGUGGUGGUGGAGGGGGGAGAGGCGGACGAGGAAGGGGCGACAGGGACGGCGCCGGAGUCUCUAGUAAAUCUGCCAUCUUAGGCUACCUGGGGUUGCCUAGCGACGGCGGCGCCAGCUGCAUGGAACGACUCCAGGCAGUGGCUCAGGUUGCGGAGAUGGGGAACGGUAACGGGGGAGGAGGAGGAGGAGGAGGAAGAGAGACAACAAAUGGAGGAGACCAGAUAGCCAUGUGGCAAUUUGUAGCUCGUAGCCUGGUAGCAGCUCAACAGGCCCAGCAGCAGCAGCACCGAGCCACAUCCAGGAGCACCGUGGUGGGGGAAUCUGAGCAGGUCAGGGCCUACCUUGGAGGUCUGGAUCCCCGGGAGGAGCCGUCGUCUUCCGGAGCCCCAUGGGAGUGCCCCGACUGUGGGAAGUUGUUCCGGAGCCUGCAGCAGGUGGUGGCGCACGCCCGCGUCCACGUCCAGCGGCCCCAGAAGAGCCACGGUCACCCCCCGCGCCACACCGGGGGAGGAGAGGAGGAUGGAGGGGGGAGCCGGGUUGCAGAAGGACGAGGAGGAGGGAGAGGAAGUAGUACUGAAAGAAGACAGGAGUCCAAACUUCAAAGCGGAUCUCAGCAUCAGCAUCAACAAGCAGUAGUCGGAGGGUUCCACUCAGUGAUGUCACAGUUCCAAGGAGAGAAUGGUCUGUCUGGCUCUUCGUCAGGCUCUUCGGUGAGCUCUAGGGAGCGUGUGCGAGGCACGGGGGUGAAAGACUGCCCCUAUUGCAGUAAAGCUUUCCGCUCUUCCCAUCACCUUAAAGUGCAUCUGAGAGUUCACACAGGGGAGAGACCGUAUAAAUGUCCCCACUGUGACUACGCUGGCACCCAGUCAGGCUCUCUAAAGUACCACCUCCAGAGGCACCACAGAGAACAGAGGAACACCAUGGGAGCCUCUUCAUCCACCGCCUCCUCACCAGGCCUCACCACCGCCUCCCUGGGCAGAGGAGGAGCUCCACAGGGGGAGGGGAGGGAGGGGAUGGCCAAGCAGCGCCGGCCCCAGAGCCUCAACCACAGCUCGGCCACUAGAGGCCCAGAGGAGACGCCUUCCUCCAGGCACAAUCAGCACCAGCCCUGGAUACUGGGCCUCCCCGAGCAGAGAGACAGGGAACACGCGAAGGCCAUGGCGGGACUGAGAGAGGCAGAUCUGGAGAGCCAGUACCGGUAUCUGUCCGGGGUGAUGGGGGCUUUGUACCAGGGAGGGAUGGAGGGAGGGUGGACGGGGGAGUCACCAACCUCCACCCCCACUCCAACCCCACCAAAGGUGCCCAAAUUGUCCCGCCGCAAACCGCUCACCACCAGCCGUAUGGUGCCAGCUAAUGGGAGGGAGCGGAAGGGAGGGGGGUCAGCUCCUCGGGGUUCCCAGGAGGGAGGGUUGUUGUCCCAGCCCCUGGACCUCUCCCGCCGCCCCUCUCCUGGGCUCGGAGGUCUGGAGGAGGAUGGAGUACCAGGAGGAGGUGGAGGAGCAGGAGAUACCCUCAACCAGUGCCUGUUCUGUCCCUUCCGCACCUCCUCGGCCGAGCUCAUGGCCAUGCACCUCCAGGUCAACCACACCAGCAAGUCCAGGCGUAAGAGGAGGGCCCCCAUCCCCACCGCCCUGGGUGACCACGGGCCUCAGAGGCCUCCCCAACCCCAGGCCGACCCCAACCCCCUGGCCCUGUGGAGGUAUCUGAGCGAGGCUGAAGACCGGGCCCCCCUGGAGGAGUGGGCCUCAUCCAGGAUGGAGAGGGGGAGGGGGAGGGGGACGGAGAACGGCCUCACACCAGAGGAAGGGGACCUCGAGGGUCGCUACGACCACCACCACCCCGAGGCUUCUAACCGGGCCUCCACCACAAUCAGGAAAAAACAGAGUGGCCUCGCCGGUAGUAGGAAGUUGGAUGAGGAAGAGGAGGAAGAAGAGGAAGAGGAGGAAGAAGAGGAUUUGGAAGGGGAGAGCAUUAGUCCUGGGGAUUCUCCUAGAGAGCAUGGGAUGAGGAUGUCUCUCACCAUGUCACCUUCCCUCGGCUCUGACCGUCUAACCAGAGGGGAGGAAGGAGUGAUGGGGGACUAAACAACAACAACAAUGUCAUCCUGCAGAGUGAAGGGGAAAAGCGGUUCAACUAGACAUGAAGGAAGUUGUUUGGGGGUCAUAGGUUGGAUGUCAAGUUCAUAUCACCUCUUUUAUAUAGUUCAAGGUCAUUGUCAAGGUCACGACCCCUGACCCUUGACUUUCAAGGGCCAUGGACUGAGAACCAUGUCCAUGGAGAGGGUCAUGUAAACAACAGCUCACACACCUCUUUAGGAACCCCUUUUAAACAUCCUCCAUUUUUACCUCUCUUCUUUUAAUAUUUACAUCCCGGGAGUUCAGUGCAGUCCUCUCCAUUUUCCCAACCAACCAAAACCCCCCUUGUACAAACACACAGUACAGUGUAGGACUUUUGAGGCCUUCUCUUCUAUAUUUCAACGUUACCUGUUUUCCAUUCCAUCUCCUACCAAGAGGGCUAAUUGUGAUGAUUUGAUCGAGAUUGUCCACUUGCUGCUGUGAGUCUUAAUAUUAGUAUGUGAGCAAAAAGAAACUGUGACCUCCUACUAUUCCAGAGAACACAAAAAGGAUUUUAUCAGACCUUAUACUUCAUGUUUCGAGAAUAAUAAUACUUAUAAGAGUAACGUUGUUGAUUAGUUAUACAACCCACCGCUGUGAAUGGAGGAAAUCUUUAGCAGAACAAGUGUCAAAAUAAGCCAACCUUCAUCAUUACUGCCGUUUAAAUAAGAUACCACUUCUUGACACUUUCAAGGUCAUAUUAUGGUCUGUUCAAGAGCACCGAUUCGGAAGCGCGGUUCAACCCGGAACCAUUCAAGCUGUCAACUCAAGCUAAUCAAUCCAGCUGUCUGCAACAACAACAAAAAACACAACAGCAGAAACAGGAGCAACUUUUUAACAGACAACUAUUGACAAUGAAAAUGAUCAAGGACAAGAUGAUCCUGGACCCUGUUAUCACUGCCUCUCAUUGGUCGGAUGGCUGUUCCAAGGUCACCACGGGAACAGAGGAGCAGUUUGUCAUUUCCUGUUUUCCCCUCAGUUUAGUGCCUGUCUAUGUAUGGUAUGUCGUCAAGGGAGAUCUACAGUAUAGACCAGUGUUUCUGGGCUCUUAUAGAACAAUGAUAUCUGAGUAUACAGUAUAAAGCUAAAGUAUAUAUGUUUAAAAAAUGGUUCUAGGGUAUUGUGAAUAGAAAGCUGUAGUGGUAUACAAAGUGGUGUGGAUCUGUCUCUCGUUACAAGAGACCGAUAGCAUCUCUCUGUGGCUUCUGUGAAAAGAAAAAGAUAAAGCACUUAGUUGAUGAUGAUGAAACAAUAGAUAUACAUAUUGAAUCAAAAGAGAUCAAGGCGAAAGGUCAAGAAGUGAAAAUGUAGGUGAAAGGUCAGAGGUCAGUGUUUACAGCAGAAAUGCCAGCAUGUUCAGAGUCGGACGUGGGAUAGCGGUUAUUUCUUACGUUGUCGUGGUGACCAACUGACAACUGAACAAACAGAAGACUGUUUUGGGGGACACGGGACCGACAGACAGACUGUGCAUCCCGAACACAAUCAGCUGACACGUCUGGUCAGGUGACCAAGGCUCCACGACCGUGUCACACUCUUUCAUUUCAUUCCUUUUACCAGAAAAAUUAAAAAAACAAGGGGGAGGAAAAAUGGAGGAGAGAAAAGAGUAAGUUCCCUCACAGAGCGGGGGACCGAAGCUGAGAAAGGAAACUGUUGUACUCUUGGGGUACGCCGUCUUUUAGAUGACUAGAUUCAUUUCUUUUUAAGAGAAGAAGAAGAACAGUAGAAAAGAGUAGGCAUUAAAAAAACUAACAAAUCCAUAGAUACAUUCCGGUAGAAUGUGUAGCUUUUGUAAAGACAAGAAGAUAAGAAAAAAAUCCCUUUGUUUAUUUUCAUUUCAAGAAGAGAAGCUUACAGAGAAGGUUAUGAAUAUAGGUAAUAAUAAUAAAUAUAAGGCUUGUUGUUGUGAGGAAAACACUAGUUGGAAUGUCUGUCUAUCAGGGUUAGGGUCAAUUCCAUUUCAAUUCCAAUCAAUUCAGAAAGUCAACCCGAUUCCAAUUCCAAAUUUUCCCCAUUGAAGAGAAUUGGAAUUUCAGUUUACUUCCUGAAUUGACUGGAAUUUAAAUGGAAUUAACCCCAACCCUGCUGUCUAUAAAGAGCACUGUGCAAGGUUUAUCAUUUCCCAAAGUAGUCAUUUUAUUUUGACUUUAUCGAUAGACCAAACCUAUAUCUUAUGAAAAUGUAAUGAGUCACAUUCUGUUGGAGUAAACAGCUGCCGUUUCCAUCCCCUCGCCCCGAUAAAUCAAUCAAUCAAUCAAUAAUCAAAUCAAUCAAUAAUCCAAUCAAAACUUUAUUGUGAUGUUAUUAUUAAGUGCUUGUAUGAGAUUCAAGUUGACAUCACAAAAUAUAAUUUCAUAUCAAAAUAUGAAGCUAUACCUAGUAUCACAUACCAUAGCCAUGGUAUUGUCUUAGAGCAUCAUACCACACACAGUUCUGCACACAGUGAACAUGCAAACAUAAAAAAUAUAAAAAAUCCCUACUCAUGAUUGUAAACAUCACUAAACUAUAUUUGAUUGGAUAAGUCCUGCCUUCCCGCCCUCUUUGCCCAUUGGUUGACGGCGAGAGCAUGGGAUCGGAACCGCAGCCUUACUUUUGGUUUACGUGUUUUACUUCUAUCCUCAUUAGAGCGCCUUAUAUGAGUUUAGAAGUUCCCUAAGUGGUGUUUCCUUAAAGAUAGGCUACAUCCAUAACUGCACUCUAUUCCCUGUAUAGUCCGUUACUUUUGACCAGGACCAUUGAGCCCCUGGUCAAAACUAGUGCUAUGAACCCUGAUCGAAAGUAGUGUACUAUUUAGGGAAUAGAGUGCCCGUUUGGAUGUAGACUCUAGUGUCAAAGCCACCGUGCCUUCUGUGUCAAGCACUUCCUGGAUUUGGUAUUUUGUAAGCUCACCAAAAGCACUUAGCCCACAUCUGUCUCUCUCUCUCUCUCUCUCUCUCUCUCUCUCUCUCUCUCUCUCUCUCUCUCUCUCUCUCUCUCUCUCUCUCUCUCUCAUCCUCUUUCUCUCUCAUCCUCUUUGUGACCUCCGAUUUUGUUCUGUCUACUCCCUCCCCUUUUCAAUCCCUUUAUCCUUUCAUGUCUGUAUGCAUGUCUCUCUCUCUUCUUCCUCUCUUCUGUAACCUGUUACACUCUCUCUCUCUUCUCUACCUCCCUUCCAUAACCUCUCUCUCUUUUCUUCCUCUCUUCCGUAACCUGUUACUCUCUCUCUCUCUUCUCUACCUCCCUUCCAUACCCUCUCUCUCUCUUCUUCCUCUCUUCUGUAACCUGUUACACUCUCUCUCUUCUCUACCUCCCUUCCAUAACCUCUCUCUCUCUUCUUCCUCUCUUCCGUAACCUGUUACUCUCUCUCUUCUCUACCUCCCUUCCAUACCCUCUCUCUCUCUUCUUCCUCUCUUCUGUAACCUGUUACACUCUCUCUCUUCUCUACCUCCCUUCCAUAACCUCUCUCUCUCUUCUUCCUCUCUUCCGUAACCUGUUACUCUCUCUCUCUUCUCUACCUCCCUUCCAUAACCUCUCUCUCUCUUCUUCCUCUCUUCUGUAACCUGUUACACUCUCUCUCUUCUCUACCUCCCUUCCAUAACCUCUCUCUCUCUUCUUCCUCUCUUCUGUAACCUGUCACCCUCUCUCUCUUCUUCCUCUCUUCUGUAACCUGUUACACUCUCUCUCUCUUCUCUACCUCCCUUCCAUACCCUCUCUCUCUCUUCUUCCUCUCUUCUGUAACCUGUUACACUCUCUCUCUUCUCUACCUCCCUUCCAUAACCUCUCUCUCUCUUCUUCCUCUCUUCUGUAACCUGUCACCCUCUCUCUCUUCUUCCUCUCUUCUGUAACCUGUUACACUCUCUCUCUCUUCUCUACCUCCCUUCCAUAACCUCUCUCUCUCUUCUUCCUCUCUUCCGUAACCUGUUACACUCUCUCUCUCUUCUCUACCUCCCUUCCAUACCCUCUCUCUCUCUUCUUCCUCUCUUCUGUAACCUGUUACACUCUCUCUCUUCUCUACCUCCCUUCCAUAACCUCUCUCUCUCUUCUUCCUCUCUUCUGUAACCUGUUACACUCUCUCUCUCUUCUCUACCUCCCUUCCAUACCCUCUCUCUCUCUUCUUCCUCUCUUAUGUAACCUGUUACUCUCUCUCUCUCUUCUCUACCCCCCUUCCAUAACCUCUCUCUCUCUUCUUCCUCUCUUCUGUAACCUGUUACACUCUCUCUCUUCUCUACCUCCCUUCCAUACCCUCUCUCUCUCUUCUUCCUCUCUUCUGUAACCUGUUACACUCUCUCUCUCUUCUCUACCUCCCUUCCAUACCCUCUCUCUCUCUUCUUCCUCUCUUCUGUAACCUGUUACACUCUCUCUCUUCUCUACCUCCCUUCCAUACCCUCUCUCUCUCUUCUUCCUCUCUUCUGUAACCUGUUACACUCUCUCUCUCUUCUCUACCUCCCUUCCAUACCCUCUCUCUCUCUUCUUCCUCUCUUCUGUAACCUGUCACUCUCUCUCUGUGGCACCAUUAGAAGGUGAUGAUGUGUACUAUCUGGUAUUGAGGCCUUUUAUUCUUAGAUUUGUAUUGUCAGUUUGUGUGAUGUUCGUACGUUUGUUUGACAUUUGAUGCCUGAUGAGAUGGAGUCUUCUUAUAAUUAUUAUUAUUAUUGCUUUGGCAUUAUUAUGGAGAAGAAAGAAAGAAAAAAAGAAAAAAAUGUGUUGUUUAAUGUUGUACAGAACAUUAUAGCACUAGAGAUGUUGUGUUUUUAAAAAGAGAGCAUAAACCCAAGUGCUAGUCCCGCCCACUCCUCCCUCCCAUUGGCAGAUAGGACAAGUGCCCUGCCAACGAUAGGAGAAGUGACCUAAAUGUAACUGACUUGCCCUCAAACUGACAAACAUGUUCGAGCCAAUGAAUCUAAUCCACAUCAUACUCUUAAAUUACCCACAGAAUAUGUCAUAUUUGUAUUUAAAUGCUUUAACCAGGCAAGUCAGUUAAGAACAAAUUCUUAUUUACAAUGACGGCCUUCCCCAGCGAUGCUGGGCCAAUUGUGCGUCGCCCUAUGGUACUCCCAAUCACGGCCAGUUGUAAUACAGCCUGGAAUCUAACCAAGGUCUUUAGUGACGCCUCUAGCACUGAGAUGCAGUGUCUUAGACCACUGCACCAAUUUGGAGCACUAUAUAUAAUGUGAUAAUAUGUGAUAAUAUGAAUGUCCCAGACAGGCAACAGGCAAUCUUAAAUAUUUCCUCAAUUGCUUUUUGCACUGAAAAUCUCCCUGAAACAUGCUUGAAAUAUUUUAAUUGGUUCCUAGCUACACUCACCAGACAGUUUAUUAGGUACACCUAUCUAGCACCAGUUCGGACCCCCCUUUUCCUCCAGAACUGACUAAAUUCUUGGGUCAUUCUACAAGGUGUCAGAAAUGUUCAAAAGGAGAUUGGUCCAUGCUGACACGAUAGCAUCACGCAGUUGCUGCAGAUUGGACAGUGGUACAGCCUGUUCCUUCUCACCCCAAAUAUGUUCUAUUUGGUUGAUGUCUGGGGACUGCAUAGGCCACUCAAGUACAACUCACUGUCAUGUUCCAGGCAAUGUUUUUCCACUCCUCAGUUGUCCAGAGUUGGUGAUUGCGUGAUCACUGGAGACGCUUCUUCUUGUUUUUAGCUGAUAGGAGUGGAACACUUUGUUGUCUUCUGCUGCAACUGCCCAUCCGUGACAAGAAGUUGUGCGUUCCGAGAUGCCGUUCUGCACACCACUGUUGUAGUGCGCCGUUAUUUGUCUGUUUUUCGGCCCACCUGUUAGUUUGCAUGAUUCUUGCCAUUUUCCUUCGAUCUCUCAUCAACGAGCUGUUCUUGCCCACAGAACUACCGAUGACUGGAUGUUUUUUUAUUUGUAGCACCAUUCUCAGUAAACCCUAGACACAAAGCCCAGGACGGCAGCCGUUUCUAAUAUAUUGCUUCUGGCAUGUUGAUCAUAUCACGCCCAAAGUUGCUUAGGUCACUCGUUUUGCCCAUUCUAACGUUCAGUCGAACAGUAACUGAAUGCCUUGGUGCCUGUGUGCCUGAUUUAUAUAGCAAGCCAUUGCCACAUGAUUCACUGUCUAUAGGAGCAAUCCAUUUUGUACCUAAUAAACUGUCCAGUUAGUGUAUAUUGUUGACCCUUAAUUUCUUAGUUGUUUUUUUCAAAGAAAAAAAACUAUAGUGGUGUGUGAGGGCAUCCUAUAGUGAUAGGUUGUGUCCCAAAUGGCACCGUAUUCCCUAUUAAAUGCCCUGCUUUUGACCAGGGCCAUAGGGCUCUGGUCCAAAGCAGUGCACUAUAGGGUGCCAUUUGGUCCAACACCACCGUCUGUUGGAGAGGUGGAGGGAAGUGCUGGGUUUGGGCUCUUGUGUAGAUUACUGCCAUUGCAGUGAGGGAAAAAUGUACCUAACAUAGUAGUAACUAAUAAUAUGAGUUUGUGGACAGAGUUAAAAAACAACAUUAGAGAUGAAUAAACGCAAAGAAAAACAA